AUUAAAGCCUGCCUCGUUUGUGUACGUUUACACUGUGGACUAUUUAUUUUAAUGUCAGUGCUAUUUGUUUCGCUAUAGUUUGUUACUCAUCUUGCACUGGCGACAAUAGCAGCAUGGCCUCUGUCAGAAUCUACGGUAUCUUAGUGUUGUAUAUGAUUUUAUUGGGGGAUAUAAACAAAGUAUGCGGAAUUCUGGAGAGAAAAGUCGGUGAUUGGCAGAUGAUAUUCCGUGCCCGAAGUAUGAACGGUCAUUCAGUGAUCAAGACGUAUAUGGAACAAGGCGUGGCAAGCGAGCAGACUGAAACAGCGCCCGGAUGUGUUUCUAUAAACGCACGUGACCAAUGCGGGAACAAUUACAGACACAGUAUGAUUGACAGAUGGGAUAGCUCAGGGGUUGACAAGGUGAGGGUUGAACUGUACAAGGAGGGGGAACUAGUGGCACACAUUGUGUUCAACGGCAAAGGCUCCACAUCCACGAGCUGGUUCAGUCAGGAUCAAGUCCUGUCCUCCAACUGGUUCGACCUUAAGGAGACCAACACAGAAAAGGGCAAACACUUCUCAUUCCUUGGAUAUAGCAACAACAACAUCAACCGUCGCCUGUAUAUCAACAAGCUCUGGGCAGGAGGUUGCAGACUUCACAAGGGUUGGAUGGUAGUUGUAGAGGGUGUUACCCGCGGUCAGGGCUGUGGCUACGAGACUUACCGCUCGUACCCAGUCUUCCUGUACAUCCCACACACAUAUGCGGACUACUUCGACGACUUCAAAAGUGAGGCAGAUGUAUUCGCCAUUUCUGUGAUAGCCAAACGUGUGAAUGCUGUAUAGUCAUGCCAACAGUGCGCUGAAAACCAGGACAUUUUACUUUAAAGUUGUAGUAGGAAACAGAUCAACUGUGAAUAACGAAUACCGCAGAAAAGUAGGAAUAUUUCAAUCAUUUUUGUUCACCUGGAUGAUCGUAAACACUGAGGAACAAAUUUGGUAAAGUAUUAGACAAAUGUAUAAAAUUUUGUCCAGUUAAUUACAUACCAAUACAAUGUACUCUCCUGUACUCUGAUUGGUUGAGACAUUUACAAAAGAGGAGCACAUUCAGCAAAAAAUCCUAAAUUGCCAAAUAUCUGCCUCGUCCAGUUGUCAUGUACAAACAUACAGACUUUUUGAUAGGAUACUGAGGGCUAUCAAUAUAAGGUCUAGUUUAUUUUUACUUAAAUAGAUACUAUGAACACUUCACAUCCUCACAUUGGCUAUUCAAGAAUACAAAGACUUUGAAUAUAGUAUGGUAUAUUUGUCCUUGUAUGCUGCACGUGGAAUUCUCUUGAAAGGAAGUACAAAUCAGACAAGCAGUUUUCUUGUUUCUCAAUUGGUUUAUUAUUUACACCUAAUUUCACACCAACAAAAUUGUAUAGUUUGUUUUAUAAUACUUUGGGGAAUAUCAAUCAGCAAAUCAAGUGAUAAAGUCAAUAAAAUCAUCCUUGGACAGACCGAUUUCACCAAUGGAACAGUUAAGCAGAUCUUGUUAAAUUACCAACCAAGCAGCACGUAUAUUUCUUUAUCUGUUUACGUCUAGCAAUAUCUUUCCUGAGAAGCAAGGAACAGAUUUGUACAUGUUUAACAUGUUUUCUAAUUCGGGAAUGGAAAAAUAAGUAAGUACAUGUACUUGACAUCCUAAUGCAGACUUAAGUUAGCACAAAGUCGAAGGACAAACGAUUUACGUUUAGAAUAUUUGGGUCUUGUGUGUAAAAUUUGAAAAAUAUGUUUUUAAUCCAUUGUCACCUCUAACAAAAACACUUGCUUGUAUAUACACGUACUGUACCUGGUGUGUCCUUAAUGCAGUGUUUAUCAAUAAAUAUUACUGAAUAUGGAUAAGUAGUCGGGACAUUCAAUAGAUUUCUUUGUGGAUGACAACAAAUUAUUUCUAGGGUAAGUUAUCUGUUUAACUCAUUCACCCCUGAAAUUUCGUAAUAAACUACAUGUAUAUAUAUAUUCCAACUAUUGAUUUGGAAGAGUUCAAAUGUGUCUUCAGGGGUGAAUGAGUUAACAUAACUUUGAUCAGAUGACUGAUUGAAUACUCACACCAUAUAAUGCCACCGCAACUUGAUUGUCAAAUGCAUAGAUUAUGAUAAUAAAGCAGUUCUUAGUCAACAUAAAAUGAGCAAACAGAAAUUAUCUUUAUCACUCAGAUGCAGGGCUCGGUUUAAAAUGAUAAAAAAAUAUGAUAACUCUGUAAAUAAUAUCAUGGUACCAGUAUUCCGUAUACAUGUACAAAACUUAACAUUGUGGUGGGCUAGGAUAAAGCAAAGAACGGAGUGACUAGCUUUCUGUACAGAGAAUGUCUAAGACAAGACGGAAAAGCUGUAUACCAAACCUUUGUUCCAGGGGUAUAGCAAGCAUCCAAAAGAAGGAAACAAUGU